AUUAAGACGGGAAUACGUCCAGUAAGUUCAAUAAGAAGUGAAUUUACCUGCGCCCAGGUGCGUUUAGAAAGCUGACCGUCCAGGAGUGGCAGUGGAAAGAGAGGCACAGAGGGAGAGAGAGAGAGGGGGGAGCGCACAAAAAGCAACAACCGGGAAAGGUUACGGAUGUAAGCGUGCUUUUGACACAUACUGAGAACCCGGAGAGACUCAUCAACUGUUAAUAUUCGCAAAUAAUAGGCUAAUUCCACUCAAGGACUAAGACAGGAAACAUCUGCAAUCAUGAGGAAAUCUUCAUAUCCAGCUAGAUCAGCCAGCGCCCGGUCAAGGAGAACAGAAAGAGAGGGAUCUGGCGUCACCAGUCCCACUCUUAAACGGUCAUUUGAGGUGGAGGAGACAGAUUCACCCACGCACCCUUCGCCCCUCUCUCGUCGUACCACCAACCCCCUCCGUUCAUCCACCUCCUCCACAUCCAGCCAGCGGAGCUACGACCUGAGCUCCCGCAACUCUGACUACUCGUCUUCCAGAUCUUCCCCGUCCGAGUCCUCCAAUCCACGUUCCCCAAACACCGGCAUGAGGCGCAUUGAGUUAUCAGGGAGUCGUAACCCUGACCCAGGCUCUGCCCGCCGCACAGAAAUCUCCAUUGAGGUCUCCUCCAAGCAGAUUGACAACUCACCCAGUGCUGGCAUUGCCCGCUUUGGCCUCAAACGGCCUGAGGUCAGCUUGAGCAGUCGGAGUACUCCUUUGGACAGCUCCUCCAACUCCAUCUCCAGCUCCACAAACAGGCGGGCAGAGCUCAGCAUGACACGGCCCCAUGAGCCCCCCGCCCCUCCCAAGAGAAUGGACGCCCAGCUGUCCUCAUCCCCAAGCUCAAGGAUCCCAGAGCCCCCUCAGAGAAGAGCAGAGCCCCCAUCUCCGACCCUCGGCCCAGUUGAGGGGACCUCCAGGAGGCCAGAGAUUCCUGUCUUCAGACAGCCAGACGGUUUGGUGCCAGGCAGUGCAGUGGAGAACAACAACCACCCGCCUCCUGAACCUAGUGCUCCCCUGCCUUCCCUGGCAGAGCCAAGGGUGGAGAGGGUGCAGUCACCUGUCACAGAGCUGUCCACAGCCCGACCAACAGACAAACCGGAGGUGAUUUCCAGCUACAGCAGAAGUGCCAUGUCUGAGGCGGUGGUUCCAGAUGCUAUGGUGUCCCCAGCAAUGGGUGGCCUGUACGGGGAGAAGACUGGCGGCCCCGUGGUGGACUUCAGUUACGUGGGCAUUGACGCCAUUCUGGAGCAGAUGAGGAGGAAGGCCAUGAAGCAGGGCUUUGAGCUCAACAUUAUGGUUGUGGGACAGAGUGGCCUGGGAAAGUCUACUUUGAUGAACACACUGUUCAAGUCUAAAGUCAGCCGUAAGUCAGCGCUGGCUAUGACCCAGGAGAAGAUCCCCAAAACAAUCGAAAUAAAGUCCAUCAGUCAUGACAUCGAGGAGAAGGGAGUGAGAAUGAAGCUGACGGUUAUUGAUACACCAGGCUUUGGGGAUCAGAUUAACAAUGAGAACUGCUGGCAGCCCAUCAUGAAGUUUAUUAAUGACCAGUACGAGGCGUACCUGCAAGAGGAGAUAAACAUCAACAGGAAGAAAAGGAUUCCGGACUCCAGAGUCCACUGCUGCAUAUACUUCAUCCCCCCGACCGGACACUGUCUGCGGCCUCUUGAUGUAGAAUUCAUGAGACGUCUCAGUAAGGUGGUCAACAUUGUCCCAGUCAUUGCCAAGGCAGACACACUCACCCUAGAAGAGAGGGACUUCUUCAAAAAGAAGAUCAGGGAAGAGCUGCGAGCCAAUGGGAUUGACGUGUACCCUCAGAAAGAAUUUGACGAGGAUGCCGAGGACCGAAUGAUUAACGAGAAGAUCAGGGAGAUGAUUCCAUUUGCUGUGGUGGGCAGCGACCAGGAGUACCAGGUCAAUGGCAGGAGGCUUCUGGGGAGGAAGACCAAGUGGGGAACCAUUGAAGUUGAGAACAUAGCCCACUGUGAGUUCGCGUAUUUACGGGAUCUCCUCAUCAGGAGCCAUAUGCAGAACAUUAAGGACAUCACCAGCAGCAUCCACUAUGAAAUGUAUCGUGUGAGGCGUCUCAAUGAGAAUAACACGGUGGUGGCUCAUGCUAACGGCAUCCCAGAACAUCAUCUUGCCGCCCACGAGAUGUAGACGCCACCUGCCUCACUGCAGUUGCCCUUAACUGGGUUUAAUUCAUUUGCAAAGAGACUUUGACCUUCAAUGACAAUGUCUUCCCACCACUCCAGCCCUCCACUCCAUCCAUCUUUAUCUCACAGGUGGGAUAGAAACUUAAAAGCCUACCAUAGGGACUUUAUUUUCAGUGACAUUCGGCGGCCGUACGGACUGUUCAUGUCAGUUUAUUGCCUCAUUAACAAAUGCUAUCCUCUCACUAUGGCUGACAAAGACAGUGAAGAGAAGUUUGAUUCUUUGUAAUGUGCUGCAGCUUGAUUUUUUUUUUUUACUUGCUUCCAGAUCUUACAGUUAACCUCUGGUUUGUACUUGUGGUGCCAAACAUUAGGCAUCUGCCAAACAGAACGGACUGACGCUUAAUAUCUUUCAUCGUCAGAACUGCCUUAAUGAGCAACAUGUUAAUCUCGUCCACUCUUACUUUUUUCAAGUUUGAUGGGGUUUUUUUUAGCAGUGCUUAUACGAAUUCAUGUGGUAACAGAAGCACAGUUUUUAUGCACACAGCUGUAUCAACAUAUGUGAGUAGUGAUGAUAUUCAUUAUUCAGUCUGUCAUUGACAAGCAUGUUGGAAGAGUGCUGGGCAGCACUUUGCCAACAUGUGACUCUCAUACUGUCACUCUUGUGAGUGUGAUGCUGUGUCAUUCAGCUCUCUGUCCAUAGUUAAACAAAAAAGGUUAUCAAAUAGCACAUCAUAUGUUUGAGUUUAUCUUUUGUCACAAGUUGCUUUUUGCUUUAACUGUUUGUGUAUGUUUAAACAUGGAUGUCAGGCCCUUAACAUCUUUUUAAAUUCCCAGUUAUAAAUGUCAUUGUUUAUUAAUAGAAAUAUCUUAAGAGUGAUUUAAGAUGAAUAAGUAUUUAUGCACGAUUAUAAAAUGUGAAAGUCUUCAGUUGUGGUCCACUUAUUCAGAUUAUAUACACACACACACUCGCAGACACAUAGAUGCACUCACACACACCUUUCCUGCUUUUGGGCCCCUCAUAGUGCCUUAUUUAUUGGAGAAUGUUAGCAUUUUGGCUGAAACUGGAAAGAGAGCAGCUUUGUUGGUGCCAAGUUGACUACAUAUAGACAUUUUUUUUAAAAUCCUUUUCCCUUGUUUAUCUGGAAAAAGAAAUCUAGCCUUCCAGCAAACCUUUUCUUCUAUUUUCCAUAAUAUACCAAGGAUCUUUGUGUUUUGAAGCAUAUAUAAUUCCCUAAGCUGUCACUGUCAUGCUCUGUCCUGUAUAUUCUUCUGUGUUCUGAUGCAUUUUUGUACUUGUAUUAUUGAUAACAAAUUUUCCUUUAUCUUAUUUUAAAGAAAUAAAGAUUAAAAGUUGUAAAUA